AUGAUCAACUUCAACAUGGUGUCACACACUUUGUUGUUGAUUGUAUUGCUUGCCUUUGUGGCCACUUCCAGUGUCACUGCUGCACAGACCGAUGAUCCAUGCAAAGGAGUCAAUGAUAUACAGCUCCAAAAACUAAACACAACUUGCGUCUUUCCACUCCUGUUCGGCAUCCUGCCCUACAACUAUGAGACCAUAUCCAUCUCUCCACAAGUGCCCAACUACUUCACUACGACCAACGUCAUAUGGCAGGUCUCCAAGACUGGUACCUACAGGGUGACCGUCACCCAGGGACAAUGCAUCAAGUCCACCACCUUCUACGUUCUCGUUCCAUCUCUCACCGUUCAGUCCGCCGCAUGCUACCGCGGCGCCACCACUGUGUCCUUCACUGGCUUCGAGGUUUUCCUCGCGCCUGGCCAACACACGCUCAAGAUUACCGGUCUUUUGUUGUCGCCCUACACUUGCUCCUACUUCUUCAAUGUGGACAGCCCGAGCGUGUUCCCCACGCUCGAAAUCAAGCAGCCAAUGUGCUCGUUUGACACAGGCAGCAUUAGAGUGAGCAAUGCCGAUAAGUUCACAUCGCUCACUCUGACCAAUGGAGCGCAGACUGUGCAGAACACCAGCAUAGGCCAGUACGACAACCUGGUGUUGGACACGGGUUUCAACGGCAACUACACACUCGUGCCAACCACGCUCAGUGUGGUGCGAUCACAAUGA